AUGGAAGUAGCGGCGUUCGAAAAACCACUGUAUGCUCAUGCUUCACUGGUUGAAGAUCCAGAUGAGGGCUUGAGCGAGGAGGAAAAGGCAGCCAUUGUAAGCUUACAGAACUUCAAACCCGAAUCAUGGGCUCAAGCUUACGGGAUGUAUCAGGAUCGCAGAUUACUCUGGAAGCUAGACCUCCGACUCAUCCCCUGGCUCUCGCUGCUGUAUCUCGCCGCAUUCCUCGAUCGCACAAAUGUGGGAAACGCGAAGAUCGAAGGUCUGCAGCAGGCGCUGCACAUGACCAACAACCAAUAUAAUGCAACGCUUACCAUCUUUUUCGUCUCGUAUGCCAUCUUUGAGCCCUUGACCAAUGUCUUGUUGAAACGGACCACGCCCAAGUAUUUUAUCACGGCGAUAAUCAUCAUUUGGGGAAUAUGCAUGACGACAAUGGGUCUCGUUCACAAUUUUUCCGGUCUCAUGGCAGCGCGCUGGUUCCUCGGUCUCGCCGAAGCUGGUCUCUUCCCGGGUAUUAGUUAUUAUCUCUCAUGUUGGUACAAAAGAUCUGAAUUCGGUGUACGCAUGGCGAUUUUCUUUUCCGCUGCCGCUCUCGCCGGCUCCUUCGGUGGCCUUUUGGCCGCUGCAAUCGCAAACAUGGACGGCGUCGGUGGUAAGGCUGGCUGGUCAUGGAUCUUUAUCCUAGAAGGUCUGGCCACAAUCGUGUUGGGGGUGAUAUCCUUCUGGCUCGUUGUCGAUUUCCCGGACAAAGCGACUUUUCUCUCGGAUGCCGAUCGCAAGCGUGUGACCAGACGGUUGGUUCUCGAUCAGCAGGCAAGUGGUCAGCACGAAGAAUGGAAACGGUCGUAUCUAUGGGACAGUCUGAAAGAUUGGAAGACAUAUCUGGGCGCGAUUAUUUAUAUGGGUGCCGAUGGGCCUCUAUAUGCGUUCUCAUUAUUUAUCCCGACCAUUAUCAACGAACUAGGCUACUCCUCGACUAGAGCGCAGCUCCUCACCGUCCCGCCCUACGCGGUUGCUGCGGUUUUGACCGUGGCUAUUGGUUACAUUGCGGAUCGCACACGCGCAAGAGGGCUUUGCAACAUUAUUGUUUCUAUCCUUGGCGCAAUCGGAUUUUCGAUGCUGCUCGGCGCAAAGACGGCUGGUACUCGUUACGCAGGUGUUUUUCUCGGUGCAAUGGGGAUUUAUCCCUGCAUUUCAAACACCAUCUCUUGGACCAGUAACAAUGUGGAGGGGGUCUACAAACGUGGCGUCACGCUCGGUAUCGUGAUCGGAUGGGGUAACCUCAACGGCGUCGUUUCGUCAAACAUAUACCGCGGCAAGGAUGCGCCUACUUUCUACCCUGGUCACGGCACCGUUCUUGCCUAUCUCGUGCUGUUUCUUCUGUUUGGGUCGAUCUUGCAGACUAUUCUGCUGAGAAUCGAGAAUAGGAAGCGUCAGCGUGGUGAGCGUGAUCAUCGCAUUGAGGGUUUGAGUGAGGAGCAGAUCAAGGAUUUGGGAGAUUUGCGGCCGGAUUUUAUAUACACUACUUAG